AUGGACAGAGCCAUCCAUCUGAAUGUGAAGUUCAAUGAUGACAAGAUACAGUACAUGGUGUUGUUUGAUGUCACUGUGACAGGCCAUGAGGUUGGCAGGAUUGUGAUUGGCCUGUUUGAAGACCUUCUUCCACUGAUUGUGAAUACCUUUGUGGGUCUUGCAACAGGGGAGAAAGGAUAUGGUUACAAAGGAAGUAAGAUUCAUCGGGCAAUCAAGGACUUCAUGAUCCAAGGCGGUGACUUCACAGCUGGAGAUAAGACUGGAGGUAGAAGCAUUUGCAACCAAUUUGCUGAUGAGAACUUCAAGCUGAAGCAACUGGGCAGUUGGGCCAGUAUGGCCAACACGGGCCCAGACACCAACGGCUCCUAGUUCUUUAUCACUGCGGCCAGGGCUCCUAGGCUGGACGGGAAGCACGUGGUGUUUGGGAAGAUGCUGGAGGUUAUGUCUGUGGUUCACACCAUCGAGCUCCAAGACACAAAUGACCGGAACCUGCCCUACACAGAGUGUGUCAUUGUCAACAGUGGGAAGACUGAAGUCAAAAAGCCAUUUAUUGUGGAGGCCCAGGUCCUUCCGUUCGACGUCCAGUCCUCCCAUGACCAUUCCUCCCGGUACCGUGCGUUGCUGGCUGCCCGUUGCCACGCUGUGGUCCGGGUUUGGUGUGGUUAUUCUGUAACGGUUUCUUCCAUAGUGAAGGGAGAGACCAAAUGCAGCGCAGCCUAUGGAGAGAAUCAGUGGGAUGAGGGCCCAGUAUUGGUGCCCGCCCAGCCCAGCCUGCCCCCCACUCGCCUGCAGGCUCAAUCAAUAACAGCUGAAUCCAUCUGCUUGGGCAGCAGAAUGCCACCAGAGGUCCACGCCAUGCAUCUUCCCCAUUGA